AUGGCGCCGUCUCAAGCGGUCGCAGACGACAAGUCGGUACCUGUUCACGAAUCGCGAAGUGAGGACGAUGUGGGCGAUGUUGUGUCUCUCAGCCAUCUUCAUCGUACGCUCGACAACCGUCAGAUCCAGCUCAUAGCCAUUGGCGGAAGUAUUGGUACUGGUCUCUUUGUCAGCAUUGGGUAUGGACUCAUCGAAGGUGGCCCUGGUAGUCUUCUUAUCGCCUUCACGAUCUAUUCCUGCUGGUUGGGUCUAGUGAACAACUGUAUGGCUGAAAUGUCCAUCUAUAUGCCGGUUACUGGUGGCUGGGUUCGCCACGGCUCGAAGUGGGUCGACGAAGCAUUUGGCUUCAUGCUGGGCUAUAAUUUCCUCCUUUACGAAUUAUGUCUGAUCCCCUUCGAAAUUUCGGCGCUUAAUUUGGUCUUGACUUUCUGGAGAAUGCUCUAUGGUAUUCUCAAUAUCACUGCUGUGCGUUGGUAUGGCGAGAGCGAGUUUUGGCUCGCUUCCGGCAAGGUGUUGCUAAUUGGGAUCGUCUUUAUGUUCACAUUCAUCACCAUGGUCGGCGGUAAUCCUCAACACGACGCCUACGGCUUCAGAUACUGGCGUGAACCAGGGAGUUUUGCAGCCUAUGUCACUGAGGGCAGUUUGGGUCGCUUUCAAGGAUUUCUCGGUGCCCUAUUCCAAGCCGCCUUCACCAUCGUCGGUCCUGAAUAUCUGUCUAUGGUCGCUGGCGAGGCAGUGAACCCUCGCAAGACUAUGAAGAGCGCUUUCAAAACAACCUACUGGCGAUAUGGUAUCUUCUUCAUCGGAGGUGCACUCUGUGUUGGCAUCGUAGUGCCGUAUAACGAUGCCGGUCUGAUCGAGAAACUCAAUGGAGAUGGAUCUGGCACCGGCGCUGCUUCGCCAUAUGUUGUCGCUAUGAGCAACUUGGGUGUCGAAGUCCUUCCGCACAUCACCAACGCUCUGCUGGUCACCUCCAUCUUUUCUGCUGGAAACAGCUACGUCUAUUGCAGUACCCGUUCGCUUUAUGCGAUGUCGAUCGAUGGUCACGCUCCGAAGUUCUUCCAAAAAUGCACCAAGAACGGUGUACCCAUCUAUGCUUUCAUAGUACCGAUGCUCUUCUCUCUGAUUUCCUUCUUGUCAAUCUCAUCUGGAAGCGCCAAAGUCAUCACCUGGUUGGCCAACCUGACAGAAGCCUCGCAGCUGAUCAACUACAUUGGCAUGUGUACUGUCUACCUCUUCUUUUACCGUGCUCUCAAAGUUCAAGGCAUCUCAAGGGAUACUCUGCCCUACAAGGGCUGGUGGCAACCUUACUGCGCAUGGUUUGGACUCGCAACAAUGAUUUUGACUGUGCUGUUCUACGGUUAUACAACAUUCUUGACUGGGUGGUGGAACACGGGAACCUUCUUUUCUUAUUACACGAUGUGUUUCGUUUCACCAAUCUUAUACAUUGGGUGGAAGGUCAUCAAGAAGACGAAGGUCGUGAAGCCAGAAGAAGCCGACCUCAUUUGGGAGCGCCCACUCAUCGAAGCUUAUGAAGCGACACUCAUUGACGAUGGCUCGAAGGGAUUCUGGGACGACUGCGCCAAAGCGGUUGGCCUGAGAAAGCGUCAUAAGACUGACGAGUCUAUUGAAUUAUCAAGUCCGGCCUCGUGA